AUGUCAGACUCUACCGCGAAAUUUAAACCGACCCUCGUCAUCCACGGAGGCGCCGGCGUGCUCCAACGUGACAAACUACCCCCUCCGCUCUACGAGAAACACCGUGCUUCCCUCCAGUCGUAUCUCCGGUCAACCCACGCCCUCCUCAAGGAUGGGGCGUCUGCUCUCGACGCCGCGGUCCACGCCGUAUCUCUUCUAGAAGAUGACGAGCUCUUCAACUGCGGACGCGGCAGUGUCUUCACAUCCGCGGGCACAAUUGAAAUGGAAGCUUCCGUUAUGGUCACAUCGGUGCAGGACCCCGACGACAGCCGGCCGGGCGAACUGAAGAAAGCCGCCGCGGUCAUCAACGUCAGAAAUGUCCGCCAUCCGAUUCAACUUGCCCGUGAAUCUCUCUUGCGAACGGGCUGUACCCCCGACGGACAGCCCAGGGCUGAUGGGGGCAGUAUGCAUCCGCAACUUGCUGGGCCUCAUGUGGAGAGUCUUGCGCGCGACUGGGGCCUCGAGUUCAUGCCGGACGAAUGGUUCUGGACUCAGAGACGGUGGGAUGAGCACCGACGUGGGCUUGAGGGGAAGGAUGAGCCAUUCUCAUUGAGUCAGGGGACGGUGGGCUGCGUGUGUUUGGAUCAAUGGGGUAAUCUGGCGGUUGCGACGAGCACGGGUGGGAAGACGAAUAAAAUGCCCGGUCGCAUUGGGGAUACUCCUACUCUGGGAGCUGGGUUUUGGGCGGAAGCUUGGGAUGUGUUCUCGCCAGAGGAAGUGGCACUCUGUGAUGAAGCCUGUUCCGCGACCGCGACCGCGACCGCUCAGGCUGGUGUGUCUACGAGCGGUGUAGGGUGCUUGGGUUCAUGUCUUUCUCAACUGAAGCGCCAGUGUCGAAAGCGGGUUGCUAGUAUUACUGGCGCAAGACCUCGAACCCGUGAUGAUCCCCCAGCCUACUCUCCUCGCCCUACUGAGUUUAGUGCAGGAUCAGUCGUGAAGCUCUUGCCCGACGGACAGACACCUUUCAGCUUUGCCCCUCGGAGUUAUAGAAGAGCCAUUGCGCUCUCAGGAACUGGAGAUGGAGACGCAUUCCUCCGCAUAGCUGCGGCGCACUCGGUCGCCUCGCUAUGUCGAUUGCAGAAUCUUCCGCUUGCGCGGUCGGUGCAGUCUGUAGCCGGACUGCAUGGUGCCCUACAACGAUCGGCGGGUGCGCGGUGGGGGAUCACUGGUGAAGGUGAAGGCGGGUUGAUUGGCAUCGAGAUCAGCACGGCCGUUCCAGCUGCUGGUUCUGGGUCGUCGUCAUCCGUGGGACGUGUAGAACUAGAAACGGAGAAGGGCCCGCUUUAUUGUGGACAUGUCGUUCUCGACUUUAAUUGUGGGGGAAUGUGGCGGGCCUGGAUCGAACCAGGGCCGAACGGCGAGGAUGUGGAAAGGAUCAUGGUCUUUCGGGAGGAGUACAAGUGA